GCCAGCCUCGCGCCAGCGCGCCGUAAGUGCGCAGGCGCGCCCGCCGCUCUCUUUUCUGCUCUUCCUUCUCCCUCUUUCCAGACGUCAGCGGCCGUUGGGUCCUAUGUCGCGCCGGGCCCUCCGGAGGCUGAGGGGGGAACAGCGCGGCCAGGAGCCCCUCGGGCCCGGCGCUCUGCAGUUUGACCUCCGUGAUGACGAUGACGCGGAAGAAGAAGGGCCAAAACGGGGGUCUGGUGGCGGACGCCCCGGGUGCGCAGGAAAGGAGGGCGUCCGCGUCAACAACCGGUUCGAACUGAUAAACAUCGAGGACCUUGAAGAUGACCCGGUGGUGAACGGGGAGAGGUCCGACUGCCCACGCACAGAUGCUGCGGCUCCGGGGAGCAAAGCAAGGGCUCCGCGUGGAAACGCAGGAACCAAGAUGGAUGCAGACGCGGCCACCGCAGCACCCCCAGAGCAGUCUAAUGCAAGUGGCAAACUUCGAAAGAAGAAAAAGAAACAGAAAAAUAAGAAAAACAGCACAGGAGAGACUUCGGAAAAUGGACUGGAGGAUAUCGACCGCAUCCUGGAGAGGAUCGAGGACAGCGGCGGACUGAACCACCCGGGCCCUGCGCCCCUGAGCGCCAGGAAGCACGUCCUGUACGUGGAACACAGACACUUGAAUCCAGACACAGAACUGAAAAGGUAUUUUGGUGCUCGAGCAGUCCUGGGGGAGCAAAGGGUUCUGCUUCAGACGAGCCCCUAUCACGUGGACUCGCUGCUGCAGCUCAGCGACGCCUGCCGCUUUCAGGAGGAUCAGGAGAUGGCCCGAGACCUCGUAGAGAGAGCCCUGUACAGCAUGGAGUGCGCGUUCCACCCCUUGUUCAGUCUCACCAGCGGGGCGUGCCGGCUGGAUUACCGCAGACCUGAGAACAGGAGCUUCUACCUGGCCCUCUACAAGCAGAUGAGCUUCCUGGAGAAACGAGGCUGCCCGCGCACGGCGCUGGAGUACUGCAAGCUCAUUCUGAGCCUCGAGCCGGAUGAGGACCCCCUGUGCAUGCUGCUGCUUGUGGACCACCUGGCCUUGCGGGCCCGGAACUACGAGUACUUGAUCCGCCUCUUCCAGGAGUGGGAGGGUCAUCGAAACCUGUCUCAGCUCCCAAAUUUCGCCUUCUCCGUUCCAUUGGCGUAUUUUCUGCUGAGUCAACAAACAGACCUCCCCGAGCAGGAGCUCGGCUCUGCCAGGGAAAAGGCCUCUCUCUUGAUCCGACAGGCUCUCACCAUGUUCCCUGGAGUCCUCAUGCCCCUGCUGGAGUACUGCAGCGUGCGGCCCGAUGCCACUGUCGCCAGCCACCGCUUCUUUGGACCCAAUGCCGAGAUCAGCCAGCCUCCCGCCCUGAGCCAGCUGGUGAGUCUAUACCUCGGGAGGUCGCACUUCCUCUGGAAAGAACCCGCCACCAUGAGCUGGCUGGAGGAGAACGUCCGCCAGGUUCUGCAGGCCGUGGACGCCGGAGACCCUGCCGUGGAGGCCUGUGAGAGCAGGCGGAAGGUGCUCUACCAGCGCGCACCCAGAAAUAUCCACCGCCACGUGAUCCUCUCCGAGAUCAAGGAAGCUGUUGCCGCCCUGCCCCCGGAUGUGACCACGCAGUCUGUGAUGGGCUUUGACCCUCUGCCUCCCCUGGACACGAUCUACUCCUACGUCAGACCAGAGAGGAUAAGUCCCGUCAGCCGUGGAAACACAAUCGCUCUCUUCUUCCGAUCGUUGCUGCCUAAUUAUACCGCGGAGGGGGAGAGGGCCGAGGACGGCGUGCUGGGGGGUCCGAACCGCAACCAAGGCCUGAACAGGCUGAUGCUGGCCGUGCGCGACAUGAUGGCCAACUUCCACCUGAACGACCUGGAGGCGCCGCGGGAGGACGACGCUGAGGCCGAGGGGGAGUGGGACUGAGCGGGGCAGCCACGUUCCCGGUUCCCGCUCUGGUUGGGAGCGGCCGGUUCCCCGCAGUAGAGAUGCUGUUGUCAGCCUGCCCCGUGUUCCCCCCACAAGCGUGUUUCCCUCCCAUAAAUGGCGGCUUCGAUCUGCCGUCCGCGAGUGCUUCUUUCCAGGCACCGAGCCCUCGAACUCCAUGUCUCCUCCUGUGACCGCACCGUGCGCCCAGAAUCUGGGGAACAGAGCCGGGGGGGCGGAGAAGGUCCCAUAGGGUCCCCGUGAGCACCAAAGCCCCUGUGUGGUCCUCACCCACGUGGGGUCUCUGGCUGGGCCAGAACAGAGGUGCCCACGUCACUUCUGUGCCACGGUUGGUUCCUGUGGGGGCCGGCAUGUCGGGUCCUCCAGCUGGGUGCCACCGUCUGCCCAAACCGACCAAAUAAUUGCAUUAGAAAACUCGGGGCCGGGGCUCGAGACGAAGGGGAAGCCGGAGCAGGUUUUGGAAAGACAGUUGUCCUGGGCAGCUCUGGGGGUGCACGCGGCAGAGAGUGGGGGCAUUCGGUCUGGGUGGACAGGGGACCCUUGCCAAUGCCCUCCGCCCCAGGGAGGGCUCCUCUGCUGGGCGGGUCCUGGCAACCUGACGGGCAGUGGCAGA